AGCGUGAACUGCUGCUAUCUUGGCCUGUCUUUCCUCUCCUGGUCCCUCUACCCCUCAUGGGUUAUGGUAUCAUACAAUUCUGGGGACAGUUCAGGCACACAGGGCUAGGCAUGGAUGUGAAUUGAGAAAAGAAAGGACGAGAAGAAGAAAAAAAGAAAAUAUAGAGACAAGUCAAAAGGGUCAUGGUUUCCCCAUCAAUCGAAGAAAUGGAAAAUAGAGAUAAACCUAGGAUCUUGGACAGCGUGUCUUCCAGCAUAUCUAACCCCCUCAUCUCCAUUAUCGGCUUGCCGUCCCAUCGAACCCCUACGGCACUUCACACCCAAGAAUUGUCGGUCAGUCAGCUGAAAGAAAUAGCUAGUCGGUUUACAGCAUCUGGGGCAGAUAUAGAAAACGAUUUGGAAGAUCCAGGACCAGAAGAAAAAGGCACAAGGAAAGCAGAGGCAAUUAUCCACUGCCAUCUUGGUCGAUUGGAUUGAUCUUGAUUUGUGCAACGAUAUUACGGCCUGCUUCUCGAGAAAGGUAUAGAUCAAGGCACGAAGAGAAAUACAGAGAAAGACUCCCGCGUCAUAAGCAAGCAGGGAGUGUCAGCUUUUUUUUUUUUUUUCCCUUUCAUCUCAAUCUUGCGAAUUAUUCUUUCCCAUCUACAGGCAUUCCCUCACCACGGACACUCCCACGGUACGCCACAACAGGCGAACAAUAACGAAGAAAGAAAAAAAUUUGGAUUUUUUAAAUCACCAUUUUUUUCUCCCUCUUUCUCUCACCACUGCUCCUACUGCUGCUAGUGCUUCAUACUGCUAGUCACAAAUACUGCUACUGUUGAAUUACCGGUGCAGUAGCAGUUUCUCUUGCUCAUUAUCAUACCGUUACUGUUAUCGUGCUACUACCGUUACUUGUGUUGCUCUUACUACCGCUGCAGUAAGACCUCAACGAACCCGCUACCCAAAAACCCAGGCUCGCUACACGUUAGCGCCAUCCACUCCCCACAUUCCGUUGCGGAGACAGGAAGUCAACCACCCCAUCCAUCUUUCGACGGUUGCGGAUGAGUGCGCUUCCUCGCCCCCUUGCUUCAGUCCCCGUCACCCAUCCACUAUCCUUACAAAUGCUCAACGCUUCACACUACAAUCACGAAAUACUGAAGUUUAAGCCCAAACAUUGCUAUCCCAUGGCUUCCUCUCGUUCUACCUUCGAUUUCUAUGGCUUUGAGGCCCGCUUCAAUGCUUCGUCGCCCCCCGCCCCGGUCGGCCCCCCACUGCUUGAUACUCACGAGCAAAAAGGACUUGAGAACUGGUUUGAGAGCAUCGGAUCAGGCUCUGUGGCCUCUUCAAAUUUAUUUGAUACCGAACUUCCCGAUGAUUCCCCCUACUGGUCAUCAGAUAUGCCUUCGAGUUAUCAGAACACUAUCCCGGAAAUGCCAUCACGCCACCAUCAUCAUCAAUACUUGAGUGGUGGCAUGGAUGGAUACCUCACCAGCAGCUCGGUCUCCGCCGCACCUAUGGCUGCGCCUUCGCAGAUUGAUAUAAACGCCUUUAACACUAGCCGUGGGCUACUGCAACGCCAACAAGGGCAGACUUCUCAGCAACUCAACAAUCACAACCUUCUCAACUUUGGCACUGAUACAAACUUUGCACCUAACGGGUACCACCCUCCCACACUUCCGGUACCACUCGAGGACAAAGAGGUGGAGGUCCGCUCGAGGGUUUACGCUGCGUUCAGGAAUGAUUCUACUGUCACUACCGCUGUAAACUCGCCCACUGAAAUAAAGUACGAGCAAGGCGGAGGAGAUACGGAGGACGAUGAUUCCGGCACGCCCGUGUACGAUGAUAACGAGAGUACGCCAUCCCCUUCAAGAAACAGUGCGAUGUUAAAGAGGCGCAUGGAUGGAGGGGACGACUUCUCCAAGUCGGCCCGUAAACCGCGGUCCCGAAAGUCGGAGGCAAGCAUGCGAAUGGCCAAGAAGAAGGCUGGUGGCCAGAAAAGGGACAACUUGACCGAGGCACAAAAGAGGGAAAAUCACAUACAUAGCGAGCAGAAGCGUCGAAACCUCAUUCGUCAGGGUUUUGAAGACCUCUGUUCCCUGGUUCCGGAGCUCUCGUCCGGGGGUUAUAGUAAGAGUGCGGUUCUGGUACACGCCGCCAAUUAUUUGGAUGAUCUCAAGAAGGGAAACGUUCGAUUACGCUUGUAUUUGCAGCAACUCCAGCAACUGCAGAUGGAUCGGGGUUACUAGUUAUGCGUGGGCGCUUUGAUUUUGGGGUGGAGUACGCGUUGGGGUAUUUGUGGGUUAGGGUAAAAUACCAGCAAGUAGAGCGGUGGUAACAAAAUGCUUUAUGGGAGGCCGGAGUUAUUGGUUUCAUUGCUUUCCUUCCACUCUAUUCCAUUUUCAUAUUUUUCGUUUUUUCCCUUCUUACUCAUCUGGACAAUGAUGACAACCGGAGGUGUACGACCAGGGAGGAGCCUCUGUUUCUGUAUUUUUCUGGAGUUGAAUUCUCUGUGUAUCUUUUCCCCCCUUCUAUUCUCUUCUAUUAUUUCCCCUUCACUUCAGGCUCUUGCUUAUCUGAGACCCUUUUCUGGCUGCAGUCCCUUUUGUUCUAAUUAAUGUAUUACGGACCGUACCGGGGCGCCCGCAACAAGUAUGAUGGUCACUGGUUGCCUAGUUAUUGGCUCGUUCUGUCUGCCGUUU